AUGACUAUCCGCAAGCAAUAUACACCUGAGGUCCUCUUGAGCGCGCCGCGCAGGUCGGCGGCCAUCCCCAGUCCAGAUGGCAAGCUCGCGCUGUUCACACAGUCGAGCUAUUCAUUCGACACGCACACGCGGACGAGUGAGAUCCGGGCGCUCGAUCUGACUCAAGGCACCGAAGCCACGAUCACCAAGGACGCCAAGGCCAGCGAGCCGCGAUGGCUGGGGAGUGGCUACGAGGUCGUCUGGCUCAAGGAGACCGAGAACGGCAACACGAAUUUUGUCGUCACCGACGCCACGCUGCCAGGCAAGUCCUACACGGCCGGCACGGUGGCGGGGCCCGUAUCCAGUCUCAAACUUUUUGUGAUUGAGCCGGGCAAAGUCGCGCUCGCGGUCGCGGGCCAAGCGAAUCCUGAUGGAAGCCUGUUCAACCCCAAGGACGCGCCCAAGGCGCACACCUCGGCGCGGGUGUAUGACUCGCUGUUCGUGCGGCAUUGGGACUCGUGGGUGACGGAGCAGCGCAAUUCCUUGUUCACGGCUGUCCUGCAGAAGGCGCAGCCCGUGGUCACGUCGCGGCAGGGCCGGUAUGGCUUGCAUGGCUUCAAGAAUGCGCUCGUGGGCACGAACCUGGAAUGUCCCAUCCCGCCGUUUGGCGGGGUCGAUCACUUCGACAUUGGCCCGACCGGGUUGGUCAUUGUGGCCAAGGACCCUCUGUUGGAUCCCGCCACGCAUACAAAGUGUGACGCGUGGUUCAUCCCGAAGAAAGAUUGGUUAGAUGUGGUGGCUCCUCCGCCGAGUUUCCACAAGUUGCACUUCCCCGGGCUCGACGGCGCGGCGUCGUCCCCGGUCUUUUCGCCAAACGGGCAGUCGAUGGCGUUCCUGCAGAUGGCGACGGACGGGUACGAGAGCGACAAGAACCGCGUCGUCCUCGUGCAGGGGCUGAACGGGCUGUCGACAGGCGAGAGCGUGUCGCUCUCGGAGCUGAUGCGCACGCCCGACGGCCACUGCGGCUGGGACCGGUCGCCGACCGCGAUGAAGUGGUCUGCGGACGGCAACAUGCUGUUACUCGAGGCCGAGGAUACGGGCCGGGGAUGCCUCUUCGCGCUCGACUUGCACGCCAACGCCGGUCAAGAAUGGCGCCCCCGCCAGCUCACGCACAGCGGGUACAUCAUCGACUUUGCGCCCCUUUCGGCCCAGUCGAAUUUGUUACUCGUGUCGAGCAACAACUUGGUGGAUAACAGCGUGUACACGCUGGUCAACCCCGACCCCUUGCUCUCUGGCCCUCCGGUCGUGAUCUCCUCGCUCAGCAGGAACGGCUCCAUGUUCGGCCUCUCGCCGGAACAGGUCUCCUCAAUCUGGUGGAACGGCGCCAACGACCACCCGGUGCACGCAUGGAUGAUGCGCCCGUCCUUCUUCCGCGCCGACCAGACGUACCCACUCGCGUACCUGAUCCACGGCGGACCCCAAGGGGCAUGGAACGACCAGUGGUCCACGCGCUGGAACCCGGCCGUCUUCGCCGAGCAAGGGUACGUCGUGGUGUGUCCCAACCCGACGGGCUCGACGGGCUACGGCCAGCGCUUCACGGACGCGAUCCGCAACCAAUGGGGCGGCCUGCCGUACGACGACCUGGCCCGCGGGUUUGAGUACAUCCGCUCCGAGUUGCCGUUUGUGGACACCUCGCGCAGCGUGGCCCUGGGGGCCUCGUACGGCGGCUACAUGAUGAACUGGAUGCAAGGGCACGCGCUGGGCCGGCAGUUCAAGGCGCUGGUGUGCCACGACGGCGUCUUCAGCAUGACGGGCCAACUGGCCAGCGAGGAGCAGUAUUUCCCGCUGCACGACCUGGGGGGGCCCCUCUGGGAGCGCCAGGAGGUGUACGACAGGUGGGACCCCUCGAGGUUUCUCAAGCACUGGGACACGCCCAUGCUCGUCAUCCACAACGAGCUGGAUUAUCGACUUACCAUCUCCGAGGGCCUGGCGGCGUUCAACGCGCUGCAGAUGAAGGGCAUCGAGUCGCGGUUUUUGAGUUUCCCGGACGAGAACCAUUGGGUGUUGAAGCCGGAGAAUAGUCUGGUGUGGCAUCUCGUGGUGAUCAAUUGGAUUAAUCGGUUUGUCGGGCUGCCCCGGGUCGUGGACAGACAGGGUCGUGAUGGGAGUGGGUUUUGCAGGAGGGAGAGUCGGCGUGUUUGGCCUAAGCGGCAGGGGAGUUCCAAGCUGGAGCAGUAG